AUGAUGCCGGCAAGUCAAGCCAGUUCUAACCUCCAAGUCUGCUAUGCUAACAAGUUGGUAGUCUCAAACACACCGAAGAGCAGGCGGAAGCACUCGCCUGCUAAACCAAGUAGCUCUCGAUUAGUGACAUCGCCAAAAUCGAGUCUAGACCUCACCGAUUUCGACGCAGAUGACCUCGAGUGCAUGGAUCUCACAAAGGACCUUACUAACGUAAGCGCACUUACGGACAAGAGUGAUGACGUUCAAGUAUGGGAUACUGCUACUGCGUUGUGGUCGCCGGUGCAGCGUAGCAGUAAGAAACGGAAGAGCAACGGCUUGAGCAAAGCUGAUGAGGCGCAUGACGAGAGCUUCCCUGAUGUGUACGACAUCCUUGGCACCGAGCCACCUGCCUCAACUCCUGGGAGUCGGUCAACUAUCCGCCGUGCUGGCCAGACAAGCACCACAAAAUCGCGUCGUAAACGAAAUGUGAAGGAAACAUCAGAGGAAGCGCUGGGACGCCUUCGGAGUGAUUCUCUCAAUGAGAUGAUGGCCGGUCUGUCCUCGCCCUCUCGGCAUGCAUCCGACCGGCGGAACCAGCUUUCGCUACCGAAAUCGCCGACCAAGAAAUCUUCCUCGUCGCAGCAACAUGACAGCACGAAGAAGAGGAAAGUCAACCCCUACGAAGGCAUUCUGUCCCCGGAAAAACUCAAGCUGUAUGGAAUAUCAACCGAAGCCAUGCAAACCGAUGACUGUAUUCCGGAUUCAGAUGAGGAAUUCCUCACACCACCCUCGCAUCCCACGUCCACCGUUAUCAAGGAACCAAACUCAACUGGCGUCGCAAAUUUAUCAAAAAACGUAAUCGCUAGGAGUCAAGAAAGCAUGUCCUGGAACCUCUUGAACUCGCCUUCUGCCCGAGGCCAUGACCAGACCAAAUCAGACUGCAUGGGAGUUGCCUCAAGCCUCAGCACAGAUGACUCAAGGAUUGAUGCUCUGGAUUUUACGCCUGAGAAGAGCAUCCCUCUCGACCAGGUACCGAAGGUGCUGGAGUAUAUAUGCACAAAUCCGGAAGCUCUGACUGAAAGACGUGAAGCUAUUGUUGAAGCCAUCCAGCGUAAUGGUUGUGAUUUUGUGCAAGCAAUCAACGAGAGAUGGCCAAAAGCGAGACGCAGCCAAAUUAAAACUCAAAAAGAACGACUCUUGAGGCAACAGAAAGCUGUUCAGGAACUGGGUGACUCGAUGCAGCCAUAUCAGGAAAUUUGCACAGAAAGAGCAGCUCUUGCAGAACAAGUGGCGCAGUCAUACGCUGAAUGCAAUAAUACGGACGAUGACGAGACUCGACUUGACGCACUAACGGACAUGGUUCAGAACCAAGAGGAAGGACUUGCAAAACUGGUAAUCCAAGCUGGAUUCGAUGAAACCAACUUGCCGAUGCUGGCACUGCCGAAUACGGUAGUACUUGGCACGCAACCGUCGGGCACAGGCAUGGUCGACACGUCUCGCGGCUCAGGAGACUCGCCCGCACAUGCUGCCACGUCCACGCAAGUCGUCCACCAGACUCAGCUGCCGACCACCUCCCAGCCACGAUCACGUCGACUAGCAACGCAGUCAAUGCUGGGCAGUUCCGACAGGGCUUUGGUAUCAAAGGACGACGAGAAUUUGACACGGGAGCCGUUCCCGAGAGAGACGCUACCCUCAGCAGUAGAUACCAGGACUCGACGCGUCCGCAUUGCACCGACUCCUUUCGAGGACUUGGAAGACGACGUGUUCCCAGAGUUUGAUGAAGCUGAUUUGCAACCGGCCCAUACGACAAGAGGUAGAAGUACGCCUUCCAAGACAUCGCACGCCUCUGCUUCGAGCCGGAUGCAGGAUAACUUCAGUGACUUCAGUGACGAUGAUGAUAUACUGGCUUUUGCAGAGGACUAUGAGACUCGUCAAUCUCUGGUAUCUGACACCUCAAGUUCUCGCCGCGUCUUCUCGGAAACCUCUGGAAACACAAUGCCUCCUCCCAAAUCGAGAGGACCAACAAAGCGGCCAUCUGGACCGGUAUUACCAGAGCUCAGGAUGCCACCAGAGCUGAUGAAGUACCCGUGGUCCCCCGAGGUCCAGAGAAUGCUCAAGGACCGGUUCAGAAUGAAAGGAUUCCGGCAGAACCAGUUGGAAGCAAUCAAUGCCACUUUGGGGGGUAAAGAUGCCUUUGUGCUGAUGCCUACAGGCGGCGGCAAGUCACUGUGCUACCAGCUGCCGGCUGUUGUCAGAAGUGGAAAGACGCGAGGUGUAACCAUUGUCGUGUCCCCAUUGUUGAGUCUUAUGCAAGACCAAGUCGACCACAUGAAGGCCCUCGGUAUUCAGGCUGUAGCGUUCAAUGGGGGAUGCUCAGCAGAAUACAAACGACAAAUCAUGAGUGUCUUUAAAGAGCCGAGUCCAGAACACUUUAUCGAGCUGCUCUAUGUUACCCCCGAGAUGGUGAGCGUGAAUCCUGCUUUUCACAACGCGAUGCAAACGCUGUAUGAAAGAGGCAAAUUCGCACGACUUGUAAUCGACGAAGCCCAUUGCGUCAGUCAAUGGGGCCAUGACUUCAGACCAGACUACAAAGCCAUCGGUCAGGUCCGCAUGAAGUUUCCUGAAGUUCCCAUUAUGGCUCUGACCGCUACGGCCACACAAAAUGUCAUCGUGGAUAUCAAACACAACCUGAACAUGGCAAAUUGCCAAGAGUUCUCGCAAAGUUUCAAUCGCCCGAAUUUGUACUACGAAGUCCGGACAAAGACAUCCAACUCGACCGCUAUUGAUAGCAUUGCGUCACUGAUAAACACGAAAUACCGCAACGUCACAGGCAUUGUGUACACAAUUUCAAGAAAACAAGCUGAAGACGUUGCACAAAAGCUUGCCAACCAAGGCAUUGCAGCCCGUCACUACCAUGCAGCUAUUGCCAUUGAAGAGAAGGUUGAGGUUCAAACGUCAUGGCAGAAGGGCGAUAUCAAAGUUGUCGUUGCAACAAUCGCUUUCGGCAUGGGGAUAGACAAACCUGAUGUCAGAUUCGUCAUGCACCACGGCCUGCCCAAGAGCUUGGAGGGAUACUAUCAAGAAACGGGUCGAGCCGGCAGAGAUGGCAAGCCCUCCGACUGCAUUCUGUUUUAUGGAAAAGCGGAUAUAAGGGUCCUGAAAAGACUGAUUACAGACGGAGAUGGCAACGAUGAGCAAAAGGAACGGCAGAUGGUUAUGCUCAACCGUGUCACUGCUUUUUGUGACAACAGAUCAGAUUGUCGGCGUACUGAGGUGUUGCGCUAUUUUGGGGAAGACUUUGUACCAAGCCAAUGUCAAAAGUCUUGCGACAACUGCCAGGCUGGACUAGUCUUUGAACAACAAGACUUUUCAACAUAUGCUAUUGCUGCGAUUCGAGUUGUUCAGGCUCAGCGGCGUCUUACAGCUAACCAAUGUGCAGACAUCCUGCUUGGCAAGAAGUACCCCAACCACGAGCAGCAGCUUUCUAACAGACAUUAUGGCAUGGCCAAAGGUUUGAAGAAGCACGAAGUUGUUCGGGUAAUUGAUCGAUUGUCGGCCGAGAAAGCGUUUCGUGAAAACAACGUGGUUGGGAAUUACGGCGUGGCUAUUCAAUAUCUCGAAAUGGGACCUACCGCCCGUCUGUUCCUCACCGGUCAGCGUAAGCUGAUGCUCACGAUCCAAGUAGAGGAGGAAAGACAAGCUAGGACCAAGCCCGCGGCGAAAAAGACGAAUAAGAAGAAUGGAAAGCAACAAGCCACGCUGACAAUGCAGUCGACGUAUGUAUCCUCACCAGCGGAGAGACGAAAGAGGAGGACAAGGGCGGAGGAAAGCGAGGAUGAGGAGAACCUCCCAACUACGUCACAUGGGUAUGUCAACGACGGAUUCGUCGUGUCGGAUGACGAGAUGCAGGACGACGACGACGGCGAAGCAAAAGCCGACGAAGAAGAGCAAGCUUUCGAGCCUCUCCCUAAGCACCGCCCGGCCAGGCCACCUGCCAAAGCCACGAGAAAGAAGAAAGCUGCACCCUCAGGGCCGCCCAUCAGUUCCAGCAAGCGUGUGGAGGACCUACCAGAGAUUCAUCAAGAUUUGGUCGGCGCGUUCGUGAGGGAAGCCCGAAAGGUCGAAGAACACAUCCGCAACAAGAAGGAACUCAGGCGGCCCCUAUUCACGGAACGAGACUUUCGAGAAAUGGCCAUGCACUGGACACUUUCCCUCGAAAGAAUGAGCCGCAUUCCCGGCAUCGACGCAGACAAGGUCUGGGAGCACGGCCCGAAGCUGCUCCCCAUACUCGAACGGCAUCACGACAUGUACCAGGACAUCAGGGGCGCCCACACGCCCGAACACGAUGACCAAGACGUGGUGGAUUUGAUAAGCUCAGACCUUGAGCUGCACGAGGAUCUCGACCAGGCCGAAGAAGACGCCGACUCGCACUACUUCCAGCCCAAGCCGCGACCCGAGGUGGAGGCCUUCCACAGCAGACUCCAGGGCCUGAGCAGCCAGCCACAUGUCCAACCGAGGCCGAAGUCGUCGUACUCGAGAGGAAACUCCGGGGGCAGGAGGUUCUCUGGCGGCAAGAAGUGGCCUCGGAAAGCGUCGGGCGGCGGUGUCCCCAAGCGCAAGGGGAACAGUUUCGGAGGUCGAAAGGCGAGCGGCUCUUCAACCACGCGGUCAGUAACGGGGUCUGGUGCCGCGAAACGCGACGGGAAGAUCGUCAAGAAGAGUGGCGGGACAAUUGGCUUGAUGCCAGUCUAG